GUGCGUCUUCGCCACUGGACUUUUAAUUUGGAAUUAAAGCUGUCUUGAAGGAAGCCCACCUGUGAGGAAGUUGCUUGCGUUGCAGUCUAUCACUAUUUACAUUUCAACAUUGUCAGUGCAACGUCCCUACGCGCUAAUUAAAUGAACGUAAUUAAAGGUGGUGUGUUCACUCCUGGUGCAUUAUGGGUAAGUGGAGGCCUGUGUCUAACCUGAGAGAUAGGGUAUUUCGACACCCUCCUGUGGUUGUGUUCUUCCUCAGUCUGCUGAUCCUCUCCAUAACGUUCGUCUGCAUUGGACUUUACUCUCAGAAUCACGACAUCAAGAACCCUGACAUAAGUGUAGACUGGAACGGGGUUCUGGGCUCUAUUGCGGGUUUUAAGUUCUGCACACAUCUGAACGACACGGAUGCACAGCUGGAGGAAGACUCCCCCCGAAUGGUGGAGCAUGCAGAUAGGACAAAUAUUUCCACAAGCACUGCUCAUGUGUCCUUACAGGUGCCGCUGGUGUUUAUAGGGGACGUCCCAGAUGAUACUGUCAUUAGUGCUACAAUGCUGGGCAGCCAGCUGGGCAUGAAAGGGGCUGCGGCGAAAGCAUCCGUGAACAUAUCUCUGCUCCUCCACACGGAUAUUCCCAACAAUCAAACUCCUGCCGGGACGAAGGCCAGACAACCGCUGACCUGUCUUCAUUUCACAGCCCUGACCCACGUUCUCCCUCAAACUCCGUCACCUCCAGAAUGCCCAGUUGCGGAGAACGCAGAUAAGAACGCUUCACCUGUCAGGACGGUUGCUGUUGAAUCAUACAAACACAAUUCCCCACACUGCUUCAGUCUGGAGUUCAAACCAGAUUCACAUCUGACAGUCCUGCUCACUAAGGAUGAAAAAGCCUUGUGUCGGUAUCACCUGUUGCUGGUCAGUGUUGCACUGCUGGUUAUCUGCGUCCUCAUGAGUCUCUGUGGAAGUUUCUCUUCACGUUCACCACAUUAUUACCAGGGGAAUGAUCUUCAAAAGGAAUCGCUGCUGAGCCCAUGAAACAUCUGCAGAACGCCCACAUUUGAGAGUGAACUGACACUACAUACUGUCAGAAGACACUUGCUGCAGAAAGAAAUGAGCAUUUGAGUAUUCAACAAUUUCCUAUUCCCAACAUGUUGGUCUUGUACAACUAAGAAAUUGCAACCAGUUAUGCAGUUUGCUUGCAGUGCCAUUCAGAACAGAUCUAAAUGUGACUUUAUUUUAUGUUUGGUUGCAACACUAUGUGAGUGUUAACUAUCACAAUCAAAAGAACAUGACCUAAGAUGUAAGAUUAUGAUAUAACUAUGCUCCAAGAGUAAGUUUGAUGAUCGAAAGCUUUGUCGCAUUAAUGUUAAUUUUAUUUAAAUGCAUUAACUGUACAUGAUUUGUUAAUUUUUCUAAAAACAACAAUGUAUUAAAAUAUUCCAUUGUGCCCUUUUUGCAAUGA